CCGCCCGCCCGCUGGCCCGGCCGCUCCCCCCCGCCUCGCCCAGGCAAUGACAGCGGCUCCGGCGUCUCCGCAGCAGAUCAGGGACCGGCUGCUGCAGGCCAUCGACCCCCAGAGCAACAUCCGGAACAUGGUGGCGGUGCUGGAAGUCAUCUCCAGCCUGGAGAAAUACCCCAUUACCAAAGAGGCACUGGAGGAAACUCGACUUGGGAAGCUCAUCAACGACGUCCGCAAGAAAACGAAGAACGAGGAGCUCGCCAAGCGGGCCAAGAAGCUGCUGCGGAGCUGGCAGAAGCUCAUCGAGCCCGUGCACCAGAAUGAGGCGGCGCUGCGAGGGCUGGCGGGCAGCACCGGCUCUGCCAACGGGGGCGCUCACAACUGCCGGCCGGAGGGGGGAGCGGCCGGCGCGCCCAAGAGCAUCCAUGAGCUGAAGAACCGCAAUGACAUCCAGAGGCUGCCUGGGCAGCGGCUGGACAGGCUGGGUAGCCGCAAGCGCCGGGGAGAUCAGCGUGACCUCGGCCACCCUGGGCCACCUCCCAAGGUCUCCAAAGCCAGCCAUGACUCCCUGGUACCCAACUCAUCCCCCCUCCCCACCAACGGGAUCGGCGGGAGCCCCGAGAGCUUUCCUGGCGCCCUGGACAGCAGCGGGCACGCGGGCCCCGAGGGCAGCCGCCUGGAGCACGGCGACAGCGACAAGCACAGCGGCAAGAUUCCCGUGAAUGCUGUGCGGCCACACACCAGCUCCCCGGGCCUGGGCAAGCCCCCGGGCCCCUGCUUGCAGACAAAGGCUGCGGUGCUACAGCAGCUGGACCGGGUGGACGAGACUCCGGGGCCCCCCCACCCCAAGGGGCCGCCUCGCUGCUCUCUCAGUCCCCGGAACUCACGGCACGAGGGCUCCUUUGCCCGGCAGCGGAGCCCGUACACCCCCAAGGGCUCCCUGGCCAGCCCCUCUCCACGGCCCCAGGCGCUUGAGGCCACGCAGGUGCCAUCGCCACUUCCCCCGGCUCGGCCGUCCACACCACCCGUCAGGCGGCUCGAGCUGCUGCCCAGUGCCGAGAGCCCGGUGCGCUGGCUGGAGCAGCCUGAGGGCCACCAGCGGCUGGCAGGGCAGGGCUGCAAGGGGGGGCUGCCCCCGGCCGAGCCCCUCCUUCCCCGGGCGGGCUUUUCCCCGGACUCCUCCAAGGCGGACAGCGACGCCGCCUCGUCUGGUGGCUCGGACAGCAAAAAGAAGAAGAGGUACCGGCCUCGUGAUUACACGGUGAACUUGGAUGGGCAGGUGGCGGAGGCGGGUGUCAAGCCCGUCCGGUUAAAAGAGCGGAAGCUCACCUUUGACCCCAUGACCAGACAGAUCAAACCUCUGACCCAGAAAGAGCCAGUGCGGGCUGACAGCCCCGUGCACACAGAGCAGCCCAGGACAGAGCUGGACAAGCCCGAGGCCAAGGCCAGCGUGCAGAGCCCUUUUGAACAGACGAACUGGAAGGAGCUGUCGCGCAACGAGAUCAUCCAGUCCUACCUGAGCCGGCAGAGCAGCCUGCUCUCGUCGUCAGGCGCCCAGACCCCAGGGGCUCACCACUUCAUGUCUGAGUACCUGAAGCAGGAGGAGAGCACCCGGCGCGGGGCCCGGAAGCCGCACGUGCUGGUGCCUCACAGCGCGCCCUCGGACCUCCCGGGGCUGAACCGCGAGGUCACGCAGGACGACCUGGACAGAAUCCAGGCCCACCAGUGGCCAGGGGUGAACGGGUGUCAGGACACACAGGGUAACUGGUAUGACUGGACGCAGUGCAUAUCGCUCGACCCGCAUGGGGACGACGGGCGGUUGAACAUUCUGCCUUAUGUCUGCUUGGACUGAGCAGCCUGUCGGCCUCUAAGUGCAUUCCCACCUUGCAGUUGGCGUGGCAGGCGGGCAGCCUCCGGCGGUUGGGAAUCCGGGGAGCCCGGCCCGGGCCGGGAGGGAGGGGGCGGGAGUCUCGAGGCCUCUCCGUGCUCUUCCCUCAAAAUUCUCCUUCUUUUGUGAAAUGCUGCUACCAGUUUACUAACAAAAUUGCAAAGGAAGGACCGUGUGGAAGGAAGGCCAGCACAGUGAGUUCAGAACUCUAUAGCAAACCAGCUAUAAAAAGCGUUAGUUCCCCACCCCGGAAGAGGUGCGGACAUUUCCCAGCACCCGUGAGCUGGGACCUCAGUGGCAGGCAGGCACAGACAACCUGGGGGAGAGGUUACCUGUAAACAGCAACAGAAGCACGCAGCUCAUCUCUCUGCAUUUUCCUUGUUUAAGUUUGGCCCUGAGUGUCUGAGGCAGGGGCUGUGCCCACACCGCGGCCUCUGCGCGCACCCCGGCUGGCCAGCCAGUACGCCCUGCGCUCCAUGGGCAUCCACACGUUCUCAUCUGGUUUCGGUUAAAACCCAGUUUUGAAGAAAAUGCUGCAAAAAUCUAAGUUUUCUAGUUUAUUUUAUCCCCCUCUUCCAUUGACCACCAGCCAAAUAAUUUUCCUUUCUCUCUUUUCAAAGUUUCCCCCUCCCCUUCCUGCGCAUAUCUUGAAAAUCUCACCUUUCUAGAGUCCCCUCCCAGAAAACACAAAAGUAACCGCGGGUGCUACUGGUGUGUAAGCUGUAUUGUUGGGCAAGAGGAGACCUGUCUGUACGCUGGAAACACUCAUAACCAUUCCUUUAGAUUCGUUUGCCUUAUGGUUAUUUGUCAUAAACGCGAUCUGCAAAAACAAGGAGCCUUAGUGAAUGUACAGUACCUAGACUUCUGUGUUCUCAAGACGCAGAAGGGAGCAACUUUGCUAUUUGGUCCAGUAAGUGGACACCUUGUGAUAUAAAUGUGGAAAUAAAAAAAAAAAAAAAAAAACCAUUUGCACAAACCAGUCUCAGAAUCGUUACUAAUUUGAUCCCUUACAGUCAUAUCAGCCUU